UAAUCGGAGAAGAAGCACCAGCCAGCAGCACCGGCCGCGCCAUCGGCCUUUCUCCGCCAGGCGGCAUGAGCACCUGCGACGUCAAGGAGUAUCUGGCCAGGAAGGAGAUUCCGCAGCUCUUCGAGAGUUUUAUUAAUGGAUUAAUGUGCCACAAACCUGAUGAUCCGAUAGAAUACCUGGAAGGAUGUUUACAGAAAGUGAAGGAAUUGGGAGGAGCGGAAAAAGUGAAAUGGGACACUUUUGUCAGUCCAGAAAAAAGGACUCUGCCUCCACUUAAUGGCAGCCAGUCAAGAAGGUCAUUCUUCAGGAAUGUGAUGCCAGACAAUCCCAACUUUCCUUAUCGACGGUAUGAUCGACUCCCUCCAAUCCACCAGUUCUCCAUAGAAAGUGACACAGAUCUCUCAGAAACAGCUGAACUCAUUGAGGAGUAUGAUGUCUUUGACCCUACAAGACCUCGGCCUAAAAUCAUCCUUGUCAUAGGUGGCCCAGGAAGUGGGAAGGGAACCCAGAGUUUGAAAAUAGCAGAACGCUAUGGAUUUGAGUACAUCUCUGUUGGUGAAUUGUUAAGAAAGAAGAUCCACAACACAAGCAGUAAUAGAAAAUGGAGCCUGAUUGCUAAAAUAAUUACCACAGGAGAACUGGCUCCACAGGAAACAACAAUUACUGAAAUAAAGCAGAGAUUAAUGCAAAUCCCUGAUGAAGAAGGUAUUGUUAUCGAUGGAUUUCCAAGAGAUGUGGCCCAGGCCCUUUCCUUUGAGGACCAAAUCUGCACCCCAGAUUUGGUAGUGUUUUUGUCCUGCUCAAAUCAGCGACUGAAAGAACGACUAAUAAAACGUGCUGAGCAGCAAGGGAGGCCAGAUGACAACCUCAAAGCGACACAAAGACGCCUAGUAAAUUUUAAGCAGAAUGCUGUUCCACUGGUUAAAUAUUUCCAGGAAAAGGGUCUGAUCAUGACUUUUGAUGCUGACAGAGAUGAGGAAGAAGUAUUCCAUGACAUAAGCCUGGCUGUUGACAACAAACUGUUCCCCCCAAAAGACCACAUGGCAGGUCCAUGUGAACUUGAUCUUAAUCUCAUUGUGGACUCCAGUGAUAUUGCAGAUACGGAAUUUGACUUUGAAGACCAGGCAUAUGACCAGUCAAAUCUUUCUAGACCUGAGAAUGUGAGAGAUAUUUCAAAAGACCUGAAGAAAUCAAAAAUAAUUUUCAUAGUCGGUGGACCCGGAUCUGGCAAAGGGACCCAGUGCAAGAAAUUAGCACAAAAAUAUGGAUUCAGUCAUCUGUCCACAGAAAAUCUCAUCCGGCAUGAAAUGUCAACAUUGUCAGAAAGAAGUAAGACCAUAAGGGACAUAAUGGAAAGUGGCAACGUCAUACCAGGGGAUAUUGUUAUGGAACUCCUCAAAGAAGCUAUGGAUGCCAGUUUAGGAGACACAAAGGGUUUCCUGAUAGAUGGUUAUCCCCUGGAAGUCAAGCAAGCAGAGGAGUUUGAAAGCCAGAUUGCAGAGCCAUCCCUGGUAAUCUGCAUGGACUGUUCCUCUAAGACAAUGAGCAGUCGUCUUCUGGAGCAAAGUCAAAGCAACCAGUGCCCCAUGGACAAUGCUGAAGUCAUCAUGCAGCGUAUUCAAAGUUACUACCAGACAUCUGAGCCUGUGAUUGCAUAUUAUGAAAAUAAAAUUCCUGUGUUUAAGAUAAAUGCAGAAGGGACACCAGAAGAAGUUUUCCUUGAAGUAUGUUCCUCAGUCAAUAUUUUUCUGAAGCAGGAAGAAACAGCAUCAUCUCGUUCACUUCACACACAGUAACUGCUGUUCUCUCUCACACACACACACACAAUGAAUACAAUGGUCCUUGGAAAUCGCUGCUUGAAGCAACAGCUGCUGACUUGAAAGAUAUCUGGAAUUAGCACAUGUUGUAAACGCUGUAAAAAUUUAAUUUGUAUGGUACAGUAACUGCCCAUGUAUCAUAUGCUAUCAUACAGUUGGCACUUUUCACAGGGCAAAAACAGCAGCUCAGAUUUGUAUGAAUUGUAUCUUGUUCUUUAAUAUCACCAUACUACAUAGUUAGCGCUGAAUGCCUAAGUCAACCGCCUAUCAGCAGAACUGACUACCACUGCUAUUGUUUCUGCAAACAAAUAAUUCAAUUUUGAGGCUCUUUAAGCUUGCUCUUUAUUCAUAGUGUUUGAAAAAUUUGUUUUCUGCCAUUUUCUUAUUAGGUGGAACAUGCCUGCCAUUACAGCACAGUCAUUAACACAAAGCAGUGAAAGUUCAGCAAUUCUCAGAAAAGCAACAUAAAACAUGUUACAUAACAAAUAAAUUAAAUGUGAAGCAAUUAAUACCACACAUGACACAAGAUCUGUUGCUAUUGCCACCAAACUGGGUACAAACGUUCUACACACUUAUGAUAAAAAUGAGUCUUAAUUUGAAAUAACCAUAUAGGAUAGAAAUAUUUGUUUCCUUGUUAAAAAAAAACGCAGUCCCAAAUUUUGCUGUGUAAACACAUACUAAUUAUGAUCAUGUCUGAGUGUUAAAAACAUGCUAAAUAUCUAACAGCCACACUUGCUAAAAGGAGGAAUGUAAUUUGUAUGUUGGUUAUAUGAUUGACAAGUAAACAAAAUAAUUGUAAAUUUCAGUUUUACAUCUUAAGCAGUUUUCUCAUUGCCUGAUAUUAAAACUGUGAAGUUGUUUCAUUUAAAUCACCUGCAUUUAACAAUCCACAUUUCCAUUCCUUUUGAGCAAACACAUGUGUUUGCUCAAAACACAUACUUGCAUCAAGCCAGCCAAAAUAUUGAGGGCUUUGUGUAUGCUGAGUAUGUUCUGCAUCAGCAUACAAAGUAUAUUUGUGUUCUUCGAAAGUGAUUGUUUUCCUCCUGGACCACUCACCAUUACAGCUUGCAUGAAUGAUCUUUGUCAACAGUUUCAUUAUCAAUGACCACAUGAGGAAGAUUUGUAUUUUCAGGUUACUUUUCUUGUAAUGAACAUGUAAU